CUCCCCUGAUGCCUUUGGGAGGCAGGUGGCUCUGGCAACCGCCCUGGACCUGCGGACUUUCCUCCGGAUGACUCCGCGGCAGGAUGGGAAAAUCUCCCUGCAGCUGCCGAAUCUGGGGAGCCAACUAAGCUGGGAAGCCGCAGAGCUCCGGCCGCUGCUAGCCGCCUUCUCAGUUGAACUGCCUGAAGCGCAGCCCCCCAGUGCUGAACAAGUGGAGAAGCUGAAAGAGUUUGCGGGGGGCGAUUAUGGACAUGAAGCAGUCCAGAGUGUAGCUGCUGCAGCCUUUCUUUAUUUGUACUUAUCUGUGGCAUCUAAAUACGGGGUUCUGCCAACUGUUGACAUCUUAGUCUGGUCUGAGCUGCCCACCGGCGCUGGGUUAGGCUCCAGCGCAGCGUACUCGGUCUGCCUGGCAGGGGCAUUGCUUUUUGGAUGCGGGGCCGUCAGCUAUCCUCUGCAGGAGGGCCAAGAAACAGCUAGAUGGACCAAGGAGGAGCUGGACGUGAUCAACAGGUUGGCCUUCCGAGGAGAGCAAGUGAUCCAUGGGAAUCCUUCUGGAGUGGACAACGCUGUGAGCACCUGGGGUGGAGCCUUGCGGUAUAUUUCAGGACAAAUCUCUGUGUUAAAAAGUGUGCCCACUUUACGGAUUUUGCUGACCAACACUAAAGUUCCACGCAGCACCAAGAUCCUGGUUGCGGGGGUUAAAGCCAAGCUCCUGGAGUUUCCCACUAUCAUGGAGCCAAUGCUUGCUACCAUAGAUGCAAUUUCUCGGGAAUGCGAAGGUAUUCUUGAGGCAAUGACCAAAGAUCCAUCUCAGGAACACUACUCCAGGCUGGAGGACUUGGUAGACAUCAACCAGCACCUCCUCAAUGGCAUCGGGGUCGGCCACGCCCUGCUGGACCGCGUCUGCCAGGUCACUUCCUCCCAUGGACUGCAUAGCAAACUGACCGGGGCUGGGGGAGGCGGCUGCGCCAUCACUUUGCUUCGACCAGGCACCGCUCCUUCGGCGGUGGAAGACGCCAUCCGAGACCUGACCCGCUGCGGGUUUGAGUGCUGGGAGACGGUCAUCGGGGCGCCUGGCAUAAGCGCCCACGCCUUGCCGUGCCUGAAAGCGGAAGUGCAGAAGGCUUUGAAGGGCAGUUAAUGGUGGCCGUGAAGAGCGACUCUUCCUCCACCUGGGACCUGCCCUGACUCGGACUGGACAUCCAGGCAACGUCCAAGGCGGCCCAGCGGGACUUGAUCAGUCAAUUUGGGAAGGGUGCAGGUCUACUCAGUGGGAGUGGGGGCUGCUGAAGCACCAGGGGGCCGACCUGCUGUUGACUUGACUCUACUGCUAACGGGGGUCUUCGGGUACGCUAGUGUAAAUCCUUGCACCUUUUGCACACUGCCAGGUGACGGGUAGGCAGGAGGGGGAGUCGCUCCCUCCCAUGACAGCCCAUCUCCUUAGUGGCUUUCCCACAAUCCCAAACUCUUCUUAUCCCUCCCCCCUCCCCCCAAUUGACAAGGCCUGGCAAGUUUGCUCUGGGAAGAUGUGCUAUUAACUGUCUCUUUUCUGAUUCGUCUCUAAUUUUUAAGGCUUCCUGGGGAAGAUUCCAAGCAUAGCAUUACUGCCUUUCCUGGCCUGUGCUGAGGGGGGGGGGGGUUCCCCCAUUAAUGAGGUGCUGAAUGGCUUAAAGGGAAUGAAAAACAGGACUUCUGAAUGCCCUCGAAACCAGCAUGUAUGUUUCAGGGCCAUUGCUUUGUGUCCGUAAUUGUAUUUGGUCAGUUAGUCAACUCAAGCUUUUUGGUGUUAGAGGGGUUGCGAGGCCCCUGAAUAAAGGUUGGGGUCAAAGAUGG